UUACGAUUGGCAAUCGACACAAGUACAACUACGUGGCUGCCGCUGUUUGGAAAAUAGACGUCAAAUUCCACACAAGACAGCGAAAAAAUCGAGUUAAACAAAGACGCCAGAAUGCAAGAAACGAUUGCUAAAGUACUGCUAGCCUUAUGUGGCCUAUUACUGCUAUCAAGAGGCAGCCAGGCCUUUAUCGUCAGUGUUGAUGCACACAACGAGGAAUGUUUCUUCGAGAAUAUCGAAGGUGGCACGAAAUUCGGCGUCACAUUCGAGGUGAUCGAAGGCGGCUUUCUGGAUGUGGACAUCAAAGUAACCGGACCCGAUCAGCACAUUAUGCACGAAAGCGAAAAGGAAUCGUCGGGUAAAUACACGUUCGUUGCGCCCACUAAGGGCGUGUACACCGUGUGCUUCAACAACGAGCGCAGCAGCAUGACACCCAAGCUGGUCAUGUUCUCCAUUGAGAUGGGCGACUCACCGCAGCGCUUGCCCGGCGCACCCGGCGAGGAGGAAGUGGGCCACACCAAACUAGAGGACAUGAUCCGUGAGCUCUCCGGCACGCUGACCAGCGUCAAGCACGAGCAGGAGUACAUGCACGUGCGCGACAAAAUCCAUCGGUCCGUCAAUGAGAGCACCAACUCGCGUGUUGUCUUGUGGUCCACCUUUGAGGCCUUGGUCCUAGUCCUGAUGACAGUCGGCCAGGUGUAUUACCUGAAGCGCUUCUUCGAGGUCAAGCGCGUGGUGUAAUGCCAUCUACUCCUCCUCGUCCCCGUUUGUGCGUGCGUGCGUGUACAGAGCGAAUGUGUUGCAGUCUCAGCCUAAUUUUAAUACAAUUAAUUAAAUACUUUUUUUCGUAAAAAACAGUAAGCAACAUGCUAA